GCUAUAAGGGGGCGGGCAAAGUUGCAGCGAAAAUUCGCCGCCGUGCCAGAGCCAAUCCUGUGCAGCCAAGGGAACGAACCCGGAAGCGAGGUGAGCGACAGCGAUUUUUGGCUUCGGAAGAUCUUGAUGAAUCAAACCUUGAUAUUUGAAAUGCAUUUUAUUUAGAGUAGUGGUAAAAAUGGAAAAAGAUAACAUAAAUGAAGAUGAAAAACCAGACCCAGAGAGUUCCUUGGAGUUUUCUGAGCACUUUAACCAACUUGAAUUAUUGGAAACACAUGGACAUCUUAUUCCCACUGGUACUCACAGUCUUUGGGUGGGCAAUUCUGAUGAUGAUGAAGAGCAAGAUGAAAAUGAAGAGUGGUAUCAACUGCAAGAAAAAAUAAUGGAAAAAGAUCCAAGCAAAUUGCUACUUUGGGCUGCUGAAAAAAAUCGGCUUACUACAGUGCAGCGAAUACUUUCUGAAAAGGCCAGUCUUGUGAACACUAGAGAUGAAGAUCAAUAUACUCCUCUUCAUCGAGCAGCCUACAGCGGACACUUGGAUAUUGUCCGUGAGCUGAUUGCUCAAGGGGCAGAUGUGCACGCAGUGACUGUGGAUGGCUGGACGCCCUUGCAUAGCGCUUGUAAGUGGAAUAAUGCCAGCGUGGCUUCUUUCUUACUUCAGCAUGAUGCGGAUAUCAAUGCCCAAACAAAAGGCCUCCUGACCCCCUUGCAUCUUGCUGCUGGGAACAGAGACAGCAGAGAUACCCUUGAACUUCUCCUAAUGAACCGUUAUAUUGAACCAGGCCUAAAAAACAACUUGGAAGAAACUGCGUUUGAUAUCGCCAGGAGGUCAAGUAUCUAUCACUACCUCUUUGAAAUUGUAGAAGGCUGUACAAAUUCUGUACCUCAGUCUUAAUGUUUCUAGUAAUUUUCUUAAGUGUCUAAGUAGUAGUGCCUCCUUUGUGUGAGAUGUAAAAUAUUCCCCUAAUACAAAGUUAACAUCAAAUGUCUUACUGAAGAAAAAAUCAUUGGGACUCACUUUAAUGUCUGUCCAAGUGAAUUGCCUGAUCUUAAUGUCAAAAUGUAUUUGAGAGUUGCUUGGAUAUAUCUUUAAUGAUUUCUGUGGAGUUUGUGAUUUUUCUCAGAAAUAGUUUCAAUUAAGUAUACUUAAGAAUUUGACACAGGUUGUACAGAAACUAAAGAUAUUUUUGGUGCUGAUCUAAAAGAAAUAUAUUUUUAAAUGUCCCAUAUCUUGUUUUUUUUUGAGUAUUUAUUAUAUUGACAUGUAUUUUUAUAAGGUAUAAUAAUUCAGAAUGUAAUUUUUUAAAUAUACUGUUGCAGUUCAGCUGUCUUCUCUA